AUGCCGGUGGCCUUGAUCGGACGCUCUAACGUGAAAAUAGGGGCCUGCGAAUUAUGUGCUGAUGGCAUCAAACCAUCAAGCAUUCGGUAUACGGGUAACUCGUCUUGGACUUCGUCAACGGGACGGUCAUCGCGAACAACGACGAGGACGUGUUCAAAGCUGGCCACAAUAUGUCCCAUGCAUCCCCUUCGGACACCUGGCAUUGCUCGUCAUCUCUGCCUUGAUACCGUCGCGAAAUGUCGCGUCCCAACCGAAAUUGUUCGUCGCAGGAACGCCUUUAGAGGACCUGAGGUCAAUCCAUCAGGCCGUAACUCUCCACUAUGGGCCCAUCCUGGUCGUUUCUCUCAUGAGCCAACCCUGGGCAUUCGCCACAUCUCGACGCUCAAGCCAACCCAAGAGGCCAUGUCACCCGCUCUCGCAUCUCUUUACGACCCGCCCCUCUUCCCGGACAUCGACGAAGUCCAAGCCAACGCCAAAGUAAUCAAGUGCCUUCAGCAGCAAAAAUACGGCGCUGCAAAAUCACUUAUUACCAACAUGCUUAAAAACGGAGUCAAAGUCGCCCAGCAUCCGUUAUACGAAGAAGCCGCCUUUGCCUUCCUCCAAGCCCACGCGACAGAGUACGGAGCGUUUCGAGAAUACGCUUCGUGGUUGAAGUUCGCUCCGGAUGCGCACCAUCCAUUGGCACGGCCUCGGGGCCAAGACCCAUUCCCUUUGGUAUCCGACUGGCUAUUCAAGAGUGGAAUCCCAGCGAAAAAGCUGUCGUUUAUCUCGCUCUACGUACUGCUCCUUGCGGACAAGGGUUAUCAUUAUAUCUUUGUCCCAGAGGCCUCGCGGUUGGUAGCCAAAUACGGCAUCCCGUACAAAGCGCGCUUUUUCUUCCACAGACUGCUGCACCGCGUAUUGAUGUACUACCGCCAUCGUCAAGAGACUCAAAAUUCGCCUACGCUCGCGUUCACCGCUCCGGACUCACCUCCGCGACUAGUUCGAUUCGAUGAACAACCCCUCGAGGACCCGCUCACUGUCAUCGCCAACUACUGGCAAGUUGCCGUCGAAGCGUGCAUCCAAGUAGGGAACUUGAAGGCGGCCAUGUUCUUGGUGGCAACCAGGAGAGAAGUUGCCUUGCCAGAUCGAACCUACAGUCUUUUAUUGGACGCGUUGCAUGCCCAGGGGAUGGAUGAUCGGUAUUGUCAGGCGAUGCGUAGUAUGGAGGAGUGCCGGGAAGCUGACAGGAAGCGGAGGUUGCUGGAAGUGGACCCCAGGAAGGAGGUUCAGUGGGAGGAUGACUUGGUUGGUUGCUUUGACGAGUCGGAUUGGUGGGAAGAUGAGCAGGUUGGAUGGGAAGACUUUGCUUCGGACGCCGCCUUCGACAAGGAAACCUAA